GUAGUCCCGUGCAUGUUGAGUCACUUUACGGCGCGCAGAACUAAGGCCUUUCGAACCGACGCGUUUCAUCACCAUGCGGGAUCCAUGGCACAGCUCAUUCUGGCCAUCGGCGUCUUUUCGAAGUGGGUUGAUCAUCAUUGCAACCAUCAUCACCGUCGUCAUCGUCACCAUCGCUGUUGUUCUGUUCGAGGGCUUAGGUGGCGUGCCUCGCUUCUUCUCUCACUUGCGACUGCAACCCCAAGCACCAGUUCGUCGAUCUCCUGCGCCGUCGAUGGGGAAGAGCAAAAAGCACACCUGGUCCAGUCUGAAUGCUCAUUCCGCGCAGCUGAGCUCAGUCGCCAAAGGGCCUUCGCCAUCGGAUCGAGGGCCAGGGCCCUCCAGCGAGGGCAUCAGCGAGGUCGAGCAGCUUCGAGUGGAACUCCCUUCCUACGGUGGGCCUGAGGCGUCGCCCCCACUGAUGGAGGUGGACGCACAGUCAAAGUUGACAGGCGCAGAGGGCCCGUUGAGACAGAGGGUUGAGGAUUUGCCAAGUGCAUGGUGCAAGAAGAUGCCUUGGAUCGACGAUCUCAAAGAGGAUAAACGCCAGCAGGAGUUCGAGGCCCAAAUUGCAGGGCUUGAGUCCCAAAUCAAAGACCUAAAGACCAAUAAUGCCAAGCUCGAGGAGCUGCAGCGUGAACAGAUGUCCAAUUUUGCGAGCCUCACGACACAGAAGCAUCAAAUGGAAGUCAGCUUUAAGCAGAAGAUCGCGGCUAUCACUGAACUUAGGGCCGAGAUAGCGAAGCUCAAGAGCACGCAUGACGAGCAAUCAUCCACUUUAGCCAGGAUCGCUGCGAAGAACCAUAAGCUUGAGGCGGAGAUUGCAGAUCUGAAGUUUCAUAGAAAGCGAGUGCAUCUUGAGCAGAGCCUGCCCGCCUUCGCGGAGCGCGCGCACGAUCCCCAGUUGCAGAGCGAACCUUUCGUGCAGCAGCGCGCUCCAGGACAUUGGGCAAAUUGCACAGGACCAGACAACAUUUGGUAUUCCAGGGGGGCUGGUGCCGUGGAAUUGACAGGCUGCCCUGAGCCCUGGAGCUUCAUGAACGGCACCUAUGUGCAAUCGCCCUUCCACGAAGUUCGCGGGACAAAGGCGUGGUGGAAGAUCAGCGGAGAUGUGGUGAUCUACGUGGCGGAUAGCACCGAAUUCCCCAAAGGUCUCUGCAUGCUUGGAGUGUCGCGACAAUAUGCGAAUCGCCGACGUAGGAUUGAACAAGGAAAUCUGUUUUACUAUGUCACUUGUCCAGGCGUGGUCGAUCUUAGAGAGGUGCACAACAGACAAUGGAACGUUGUCUACCAGAGCGGGAUUCUUGGAGUUGAAAAGUUCACAACCCUGGUGGCUUUGCCGCCAAUUCUCAAAAGAGUCGCUCCUUUGAUGGAGAUGUCGUUCGAGAUGUUGGACGAAACCACGUUGAAGAUGUUUACGGAAAUCAUCCAGCAAAGUGUCCAGCACCAGACUCAGCACGAAGGGGCGAGCAAGUGCGACAAGUUCAAGGAACGCGCCAGGGUAGUGCGGGUACUCAGAGUGGAAAACCUUCGGCUUUGGAUGAGGUAUCAAAGCUACCUCGAGCAGGUAAGAGAAGACGUGCUGCAAUGUGGCAUCGGGACAGAUCCAGAUCUACACCAGAGCUGGGCGAGCAUGAAGGCUAGCUUGCCAGAGGAUUUCGGGGACUUUGAGCACGAUGUUGCCGAGCGUCUGCUUUUCCAUGGUACGGAUUACAACACAGCGGUCACGAUUGCAACCGACGGUUUCGAUUUCCGCGCAGGUCUAAAACAUGGUUGCUUCUAUGGCCGGGGCACCUACUUCACCAGCCAGGCGUGCAAGGGCCACCAGUACACAGAGUCAUCUGCGAAGACAGGCCUGCGCGCAGUGAUCCUCAGCCGUGUUAUUGUCGGCGAUGUGUUUUGCACGGACAGGGUCGACACAGAGCUCAGAAGGCCGCCGAAUAAUGAACGCACGGGGCGCCUCUACGACACAGUGGUAGCAAAGCCCGGCCCUAAGAAGGGGCUGGAUGGGUUGAUUCACCGGCAGGCCCACACAGAGUUUGUCAUAUUUGAGAAAUAUCAGGCGUAUCCCGAGUUCAUCAUCCAGUACACCUGCAGUCACUGAGGUGCCUUCCCCCACCAACUGCCGGCGUACCAUGAAGAUGAAGCGGACUCUUUUCGCUACAAUAAGAGUAUUUCCUCACAUUCUCUCUCCUAUCCCUUACUCAGUCCUUGUUGGUCAUCCUUUGACCUUCUCCAGCUACCUGCGGCAAUCCCCGCCAUCGCGCCAGCACAGCAUCGAAACGUAUUCAGGAUAUUUCUACCAAGCUCUCCCGAAUAAUGAUGUUACAGUGUCCCCGCGUGCCCCCAGGAUGCUCUCGGGCCGCAUUGGGCGCAACGGUUCUACCGAGCUCUCCCGAGAACGCCUCUGUAGAAGCAUCGUGGGGCCAUCUUGGAAGCAUGGCCAAGAUGCUGUAGCACUGUGAUGGACUGACCUGGGUCAGCAUGGCAAUCGAAAGCGCGCCUGUCUUCGACAAUCGCAGUGACGAUUUUUACUCACUUCCAUGGGUUGGCAGCGGCGGCGACAAUCAGGGCGCGAGUCCCUCUGGAACGCUUCUUUUUUGUUCAAUGUUGCCCCUUGCGACUCGUGGGGGCUUAGACGCUUAGACAUCCAUGCAUCUCGCGCCAUUGCCGUGGGCGCCACAAGCGCGACUUGGGCACCCUCCCGUUACAGGGGAUCUCCACAAGCUGGUGCAAGAGCAUUUUCAUGAUGCGAAAUGUUGCAUCCCUUCCUUGGCUUGUGCUAUUGUAGCACUGGCAGGACAGUAGUGCCAUGCUCGUG